AUGUCAAACAGAGCACGGCCGACACAGUCCAGAUACCAAGAAACCAGGGCCGUCGCCGCGGCUAUGAUGCCACCCGCGGCCGUCGCCCUCGCGCUCCUUGUGGUCUCGACGCUGCAGCCCCGGGCGGCGGUGCAGGCGCAGGUGUCGGCCGCUCCGGCGGCGGCUCCGGCGCCCAGCUGGGGGGAACUGGACUGCACGGGCGCGCAGCUCAACCUGUCCUCCUGCCUGACGUACGUGGAGUCCGGGAGCGCGCUGACGCGGCCGGAGAAGGGCUGCUGCGGGGCGCUCUCCGGCGUCGUGGACGGCGAGGCCGCCUGCCUGUGCGGGCUCGUGGGCGGGUACGGGUCCUUCGGGGUCCGCGUUGACGCCGUGCGUGCGCUGGCGCUGCCCACCAUCUGCCGCGUCGAAGCGCCGCCGCCCAGGCUCUGCGCCAUGCUGGGCUUGCCCGGCGCGGAGCCGCCGGGCGGCGCCGUGCCCCCGGCGUCAGGGUACGGCACGCCGGCGACGACGCCAGCAACGUCAGCCGCGAACGGCGGCCCCGCGACGCACCGGAGCCGAAGGCGUCCUCUCCUCCUCGUGCUCCUCCCGUACUGCGCCGCGCUCUUCACGCUGCUGCCGUAA